UGGAGAAAGUUGUAGGCGGAUCUGGAAUAAUCUGAAUGGAUACGGAAUCUUAUUGGGGGCACUUUAGUGGCCUCGCUUUUUAGUGCCCCUCUUUCCAAUAAAAGUACUAUAUUAACCCCAACCGUUUCUUCUUUAUGCACAGUACUAUAAAAGCCUGUACUUAUUUUUUAGUUUAACCUUAGUUCUUUCUAAUUAUCUCCUUUUGACGACAACGAAUGCCAAACCAAGACAUUGUGCUUCAAGCUAUUGGUAAUGAUGGAGUUGUUCAGAGAUGGGUUCGGCGCUCUUAUGUUCGACGUCUUCCAUUGCGUCGCAAUUUUUUUGAGCAAGAUCCGGAUGAAGGGACAAGCGAUAAUCAGCAAGUUGUGAAAAUGUUAGAUCCGCUAAAUACUAAAAUUGAAGAAUUGGGUUACCACAUUUUGGCUCGAGUUUUCCAAAGUCUCUCCAUUCUUGAUCGACUUCGAAUGGAACAUGUUUCUCGUCUUUUUCGCAGCACAGCUAAAAUGGGAUGGAUUGGACAGCGCAAAAUUGUUGUAAUUCCAGAGGAGGCGACGAUAGAAGGAAACAAGACCUAUCUGUUUAGUGGUCGCGCUUACUUCCGUCUCAUAAUGAAGCGUUGUUGUCGUUACACUCUUGAACUUGUAAUUUAUCAAUUGGUGCCAAAGGACCGAUUAUUUAAAUUACUUCAACUUUGCUUUCUUCUUCAACAUCUUUGCUUGGAUUAUUUGUCGCCCCUCAGUGGCUCUGAAUUUUUGGAAAUUUCUGAACGUUUGCCUGAAUUGAAGUCUUUGGUUGUCAAAAACUGUCGAUUGCAUUAUAAAUUCGCUCGUGAUUUUCAAAGAAUGCUUGAUGGUCUUCAACAGCUUCAAGUCCUUUCUGUCGUCAACUGUGAAGGUUUUGAUAAAUUGGAGAUUGAGAGACUUCCUUCUUCUCUUCAAAUUCUUCAAUUAAAUUAUCUUGAUGGAAGUUUGGAUAGGCAAUUGAGGUUAAUUGAAUGUCUUUAA